ACACCUUAGACUUAUAUUACAUCUUUUGAAAACACGUUCUACGGCACCUUUAAUUAUAACCAAUACAGAAAAGCUAGUUCAUGUAUUCAUGACCUCAAGAAUGGAUAAUUGUAAUACACAACUGGUGGUUGUCCUGCAUCCUCCAUAAACAAACUACAAUUAGUUCAAAACAAAACUGCUAGAGUCCUUAGAAAAUGUGAUCAUAUCACCCCAAUUUUAACAGCUAAUUUUAUUUUAUUAGCUUACAACAGUGCUUCUCAAACAUGUCCUGGAGGACUCCCAGCACUGCACAUUUUGUCCGUCUCUCUUAUUUGACACACCUAAUUCAGGUCUUGCAGUCUCUACUAAUAAGCUGAUGAGGGAGACAUACAAAAAGUGUAGUGCUGGGGUCCUUCAGGACAGGCUUGUGAAGCACUGACUUAAAGGAUCCUAAGCUGUCUAUCUACAUAACCAAAUCCAUCACGCUCAUUAAAGUCAAUAAACUCUGGGCUAUUUAUAUCAAAUUGCUAUUUGGUAGCUUUUUCACCUCUGGCUCCUAAACUCUGCAAAAGCCUUCAGGAAAAUGUUGUACUAUGUCUGAUAAAAUUGUAACAAAUGAUUAUCUUUGCCUAAAAUAAUAUAAAUAGCAGUUAUGCUAAUUUUUCAACCAAUCAAUAUUGUUUAAAUUGUUGCACAUUUAAAAACAACCGAAGUUGACCAAAGUGCUGCACAAUAUUUAAAAGAUAACAAUGAAAACAUAACAGGCACAAGCAAUCAAAAAACAAAACAAAAACAAAAACAAGAGGGAUCACAGAAUAUUAAAAGCCAAAGAAAAUAAUAAUGAGAUAGUUGAGCUGUUCUAAUGUGGGCCAGGAGGCUCUUCCAUAGCUUAUAGGUCCAACAACAGCAAAGGCCUCUAUUCUUAAGUUUGGACCUGGGAAUGCAAAUUAAAUCAGACUCACCAGAUCUAAGAGAUCUCAUCGGAAUGUAUGGGUGCAGCAAGUCAGAUGCAUUUUUUUUCUCCCUUUGCUUCCCAUUUCUAUCUCAGGAUGCCCAUCUCAAGGUUACUACAGACCUCACCAGCUCCAGUGUGAACCCAGCCUCAUUUGCAAAGACUACAGAUGAAGCCAGCAAUGGCAGAAAUUGAACUUUUCAAAACAUUUUCAAAAGGUUUGCCCCAGUAAAUCCUCCCAGUGGCCCCAAAGGGCAAAACAGCUGUGGGACCUGCAUGGGUUAACACAGGAGGAGGGUUUUAUGUGGGCAAUCCACUGUAAGGAUUUACUCACAUUAAAUUUAUACACUUAAAUUAAUGUCAUCAUGUUAAAUCAUAUCCUUACUCUGAAGUAUAAAAAGCUUUUUUGAUGGCAUUAUGGUUCGAUUGCACAAAAGGUUCUAGUGUUUUUUAAACUAAUACGCUGAGAAAAAAAAUGGAGAACCUGUCAAUGAAGGUUGGAAACAAAAAAAGGUUCUAUAGCAUGCCUGUGAAAACUCCUUUUGAUUAUGUAAAUAUGUAAAUAUAUGAUAUGUAAACAUAUUGUACAGGGAGCUCAAUAUGAGGAAGACCAGAACUAUAAAUAUGCACAAUUUUACUGUCAAACUGGACGAUCAAGUGGCAGUUUUAUGUCCAGUCAAAUCAGUGACUGAAAACCGGUAAGCAUCCAGAUACAUACAUACAUACAUACAUACAUACAUACAUAUUUUGAUGACCUUAUGUAAUUGAGAUUAUGAUUUCCAGUGAAGAUGCAUUUAUGCAUAUUUCUUUUGCUGAGUUUGGCUUUGGCUUUUUGCCCAGCAUUACCUAUGGUAAGUUGGUAGACAGCUUAUUCUACAGCACAUUGUCAUUGAAAAGGGGGUAUAUCGUAUUUUUAUUUUUUUUUAAAUCAAUUUUUCUUAAUGCAUGAAUUUUGUUUUCAUAUCUCAUGUUCUCAGCCUGCACCAGAUGUAGUUGGUGAGUACAGCAAAGUCACUGACAUUGUUUAAAAGCUAUUGUGAUGUUUAAUAUGUGCGUAGGGUAAAAGAUCCUGUUUUGACUCCUCGCUAUACUGCCCGAAGUUAUGAUUUACUUUUAGGCUGUUUCAUUAAAAAUAAUUGUUUUGUCUUGCACUGAAUGCAGUGCACACAAUGCUCUGUCUGUCUUUUGCUUUCUUCAUUAUAUUUUUCUCAAAGGCAUUAAUGAGGAAUGGAAGGACAUUCCUGAUAUAAACAAAGGUUUAAAUCUCAAAGGAGGAGACAUCAUGGUGCCUAAUCAAAGGAGCGCCAUUCUUAAGAAUCGGUGGGAUAUUCCCGUCCCAUAUGAGCUGAGUGUGAAUCUAAGUAUAAACUAUAAAGGAAUAAUUUUGAGAGCCUUUGAACAGUUCAGACUGAAAUCAUGUAUUGACUUCAAGCCCAGAGCAGCAGAACAAUUUUACAUCUCUGUGGAGAGUCGUGAAGGGUGUUGGUCAUCUGUCGGCCGCACAUCUCCUGGAGGUCAGACUCUUUCCAUUGGAAACGGCUGUGGAACAAAAGGCAUUGUUGAGCAUGAGUUUCUCCAUGCACUAGGAUUUUGGCAUGAGCAGUCAAGAUAUGACAGAGAUGAUUAUGUGACCAUCAAAUUUGAAAACAUCAUUAAAGGGAAGGAGAGCAAUUUCGAUAAAUAUAGUGAGAAUGAGACCACCACCCAAGGCACCCCAUAUGACUAUUACUCUUUGAUGCAUUAUGAUAAAAAUGCCUUCAGUAACGGUAAUGGCUCCACGAUCAUUACCAAGCUUCCUGAGUUACAAAAUGUGAUUGGUCAACGCCUGGACAUCAGUGAAUAUGAUGCGAUUGAGCUCAACAAACUCUAUAAAUGCAAUUCCUCCAUCUCUUUUCUUGACCACUGCAAUUUUGAUGAUGAAUCUCUGUGUCAGAUGAGCGUCUGUUCUGCUGCUGAUUAUGGCUGGCAGAGAGUGAAGUCAGUGAGUGGCAUCAGUGUGACUGACCACAGCUACUUGGGCAAAGAACAGAAUGGGAUGUCUUUUUUCAUGCACUUCAGCACUGAGGGCAAAAAGAAGGGGGACGCAGCCAGAAUGGAGAGCAAGACAAUGACCCCUAAAAGAGAGUGCAAUGUCCAGUGUCUGCAGUUCUACUACUAUCACAGUGGUAAUGAGUCUGACCAGCUCAACAUCUGGAUCCGAGAGUACCAGAAUGAAGAAGACAACAGAGGAACUCUCAGACUUAUGGAUCAGAUCACAGAACGCCCUGGUAAUUACUGGAAGCUGCAUCAUGUGUCACUGAAUGCAAAUAAAACUUUCCAAACUGUAUUCGAAGCCCGUAAAGGAGCUGGAAGCUCCAGUGGAGGCUUUUCACUAGAUGAUAUCAAUAUUUCAGAAACUGAGUGUCCCCAGAUAUGGCAGAUAAGGGACUUUGAUAAGUUUUUGAACAAUGGGAUUUUGACAAGUCCAUUGUAUUACUCCAGUGAUGGUUAUCGCUUUCAGGCUAAGUUAUUGGUGACUCGGAAUCUCCUUAUAAUGUAUGUUCGUCCGGUAUCUGGUGUAUAUGAUGACCAGUUGCAGUGGCCUUGUCCAUGGAGACAAACAACCUUCCAGAUCCUUGACCAGAAUCCACACAUACAGAGGCGUAUGUCCUCUGAACAAAGCAUCACCACUGACCCUUCCAUUUCUUCCAAUAUUUAUUACUGGAACAAUCCUCGAAACAGAAGUCAAGUUGUCAUCGGCAAUGAGUCUGUAUUUGUGGGUACUUGGGUUUAUAUAUAUGCCAUAACAAAAGAUGAGCUCACUAGAAGAGAGUUCAUCAAGGGUGGUGACAUCAUAUUUCUCCUCACCAUGCAAGAUAUCUCAGGGCUCCUUCAGAAUGACUCUCUACCCUGUCCUAAAGUGAAAGUGAAGAACAUCAAAGUUUCUCCUGAUGCGAGUGCUCAGCAAGGACCAUGUGCUAGUGAUUGUGUGGACAUAUUUUGCAAUUCCAGUGCCAGUCUUAAGACUGCUUCCUCUCUGAUCAUCUUGAUGUUUUGCUCUUUUUUGCUAACGAGUUAAUAAUGAGAAAUAACUAUUAUCACAGCUCUGUGUCUCACUACACAAGAGUUCGGUGCCAAAGAACUGCAGCUUUCUGGUAACUAAAUGUGUAUUGUUAAUGAAAGGAGCUGAACAGAUUAAGUUUAUAUUCAUUUAUCUACAAUUAAUGUUACUCUUAAAGGCACAAUAUGUAAGAUUUUUAUAUUAAAAUAUCCAAAAAACACUUGCACAGUGUUAUAUAUUUCGUUCAAUUGUGUACUUACAUUAUCCUAAAUGUUUCCAAGAAUUUGUAAAUUCAGAGAAAUUCACAAUUUUAAGUAGUGCCCAUCCCUCAUCACUUGUCGCCUGUCAAUGAUGUAAUAUCUGCGUUAUCCCUGGUUUCCGCUUGUACAGCAAAGUAACCAUGGAAACAGACGCAGAUAGCUGCAUAAUGUCUAUCGGCACAUCUCAUUCAAACAUUAUGGACCAUGGCAAGCAAACUUUAGGACAAAAGGAGAAAUAAAUGAGGAUCGGCGUGGCGUUUCCGAGAUGGAGAGAGCCUUGCGACAAACUUCGACUUGAGAGAGACGCCGCUCUUGCACGUAUUAGACAAAGUUAAGCAAAUGUAGGCUACAUAAGACUAAUAAAUGUUAUGUAGCUCAACCAUAUACUGUAAAAAAAAUAUGGACGUAGUGUCCGUUACAUCACCUGUAGAUUUCUGAAGAGCAUUUUUGAAGCGAAAAAUCAGGCCACUGCCAUCUUAGCAGUACGUCAUCGCGCGUCACUCCUGGAUAACUGAAAAUGGGCAAAGAGGCGGGACGUGGGUGGAGCUGAGGUUCCUGAAACCACGCCCGCCUAGCUCGACGUGACCAUAGACAUAUUAUGUCUAUGGACGUGACCAUGUUAGCAGGCUAGGAGCUAUCUAUCUAUCUGAUAUACUAUCUAAAAUAUUGAUAAAGAUAACAAGUUAUAUCAUUUGAAAGUUCUAAAUGUUUACUGUCAAUAUACAGUGUCUUUUUUAUGAUUUAGAUGCUCCAGUACCAGUAAUUGUAAUUAGUGUCGGGUGUGCAAAUAACAACAUGCAAAAUCAAACGGGACUUCAUACCUUUAUAAUGAAAUAGCGAUCGCGAGAUGAAUCCAAUUCGUUGCACUUGGGUAAAAUGUCAAUGAGCGUCUAUUUAAAAAAAAACCUACUUUUUGUCCACAAAAGCGUAAAUCCAUGAAAUAUUGAUAUAUUAUCCAUUGUUUGCGUCACAUUUCUUCUGCAUGAUCUGCUCUCUAUCAUCGUUCUUCUAGAAAUUAUGCAACCUGAGCAGCGUUUAUGUUGUAAAACUGUAUAUGAUCAUAUAUAUCUCACAAACAAAUGAGUCUUCAUCCAAAAUAUAAUUUUUCAAAAUGCAGCAGUGCUGUCAGAAUUUUAUAUCCUCCCAUCAUUGUCAUUGUAGUAAAUCAUAGGAACAAAACUUUUGGCCAAUGCCAAGACGAUCCGACAAAGUGUGUUCUGUUCAUCUUCCGCAUGCUUGCAGAUCUACACAGACGCACAUCUGUUUCGAGAAUCGACCAUUAACGCAGCAAGCCAUAUUAUUUUAUAAUUGUAUAUAUUAUUAUUAUUUUAUAAUUGUAUAAAAUAAUCCCGAAAAAAAGCACAAACACGGCAGAGAUGCCAAAUUCAG